GCCAGUGGGGGGCAGCGGAACACGAACUUUUGCCCCGAUGAUCGUGAGAGCGCUAGGUGAGGACUGUUGCACAAGAAGAGGAUGCAGAUUAGGAAGUCUAGGCGAGGACGGGGAGGGAGGAGGCAUCAAGGGAGUGGAGUGGAAAUCGGAUGUGCGGGCGCGGAAGGCCGGGCGAACAGUAUCAGUCCAUGCGGGCGGACAGGCGGACAGUAGGUGAUUGAUCAAUUAACUCAUAAACAAGGAGGCAUCUAGAAACCUGAAAAGGGAAUCCAGAUUGGUUCAGCAGUGAGUGCGUCCAUGAUUACAUUUUUUAUGGGGAUUCAUUCGCUCAGCCCAAGCCCAAAGGGAGAAUUUGUGUCGAUUGUCAGUCUCAGAUUGAUGAGUACCGGGGAGCUCUAGCGCUCCUCUCGUGUAAGCAUUGCUCUCUCAGGACAGUCCUGGGAGAGUGCUUUCCACUGGGAGUGAGACUCCGACAGUACUCGAUGUCUCCAAGGCAGGUCCGCGAGUGUCUAGACUGACAUGCUGCCAUAAUGCCCCCCGUAUCCGAAAUUCUCAGAAGCUGAUAUCCAUCCAGUUCCUGACGAGAACCCGGUGCAGCAAAUUCCAGAGGGUUGUAGAAAUUUGCGUAUCGGUGCAAUUUGUUGCUGCAAGUGGCAGAAGCGUCGCUGAAUUGUCGAUGUCCCCGACUAAUGACUACGCUCAAAGUUGAGAUUUAUGGGUUUUCACUUGUGAAGAUGGGGAAUUACUGAGACCGGGGGAGGUUGGAAUUGGAUGCGGAGGAAGCACGGGCGACUGCGCGCAAAUCUCUUAGAGCGACUCGACUCUGAUGCACGCAGCAGACACAGGCGGAGUGCUGGGGUCAUGCAGGAGAACGACUUCCCGUGCUUCCCAUGAGUUCGCGUGCAGAUUAGAUGAGUCUGAGGCCGGCACUAUAGAGAGGUUUCAUCGCGCGAUGAAAAAGGGCUCCAAAAUGCCUUCACCGAAGUUGUACCUCUGGAUAUGCCUGCUCGCCAUUGCUCUCAUAAUUCUCAUCUGCACAGGUUUCGACUCGGUGGACACUGGCUACCUGUCCCUCGAGAGCUUGAAGCCUGCGCUCAUAGUCUCCUAUGCCAUCAAUUCCAAGGAGGUAGAGGAUGCGGAUUCCGUUUGUAGGGGUAGGAGAGUGUACAUGUAUGAGCUUCCUUCCAAGUUCAACGUCGACUUUUACCUCAACAAGACUAUGUGCAGGGAAGGGCUCAUGGCAUGGUUGGAUCUCUGCGGCCGCUUCGAGCACGGGGGGUAUGGCCUUCGCUACCUGAAUCGAACCCAGUACGAAGGGCAGUGGGACGAGCACUGGUACGACACGGAUUCCUACAUGCUGGAGGUGAUCUUUCACACGCGCAUGCAAUCGUAUCCUUGUCGCACUCUGGAUCCAUCCAGGGCCGACGCAUUCUUCAUUCCCUACUACACUGGUGUGGACGCUCUGCUCAUGCUGUACGAGAAGCCCGAUUUGUCUGACACCAUAGACAAGCGGGCGAAUUUUGGGUCCGAGAUUGUGGAGUGGAUGGACAAAAAUGCGCACCAGUAUUGGCAUAAGUACCAGGGAAGAGAUCAUUUCAUGCUCUGGGGCAGGACGUGCUGGGAUUUCCGCCUGCAGAAAUACUGGGGAACCGGAUUCGUCGACCGCCAAUACAUUUUCAACACGACCAACCUCAUGAUGGAGAGGGAGCCCACAACCGAGAACGAGCAGGCUAUUCCUUAUCCGACAGGAUUUCACCCGUCCUCUCCGGAGAGAUUGUGGAGCUGGAUCCUGGAAGUGCAGAGGUCCGAGAGGAAUUUCCUCAUGGCCUACGUGGGGGCCCCUCGACCGGAGCUGGAUUGGAGCGUUCGAGGAAUUCUCAGCACGCAGUGUGCGAAAGCCGGCAAUAAGACUUGCAACAUGGUGGACUGUCAUGAGAUUACGUGCAGCCACAAUCCCCUCGCCAUCUACAAGGCUUUUCUGAAAUCCAAUUUCUGCUUGCAGCCCAGGGGAGACAGUUCCACCAGGAGGUCCACGUUCGAUUGCAUGAUCGCUGGCUCUAUUCCCGUGUUCUUCCAUCCUGAUUCGGCGUACACGCAGUACACUUGGCACUUGCCCCAGGACCCCACGAGCUAUUCCGUUUACAUUUCGGAAGAUGAUCUCAAGGCCGGCGUGACGAUCUCGAAGGUGCUCAGAGGAUACUCUCAGGAGAGAAUUCACAAAAUGCGCAAGACCAUUAUUUCGAUCAUCCCCAAUCUGAUCUACAACGACUAUUCAAACGACAUCCGGAGCGCUUCCAAAGAUGCCUUCGAGCUGAGCAUUGAGAAAGUCGUCGAGAGAAUUACAGACUACAAGAAAUCGGUGAAAUCCAGUGCUUGAGGUUUACUCGUUUCGUCUUACUCGCAUGAAUGAGUGCCCGUGCAUUCAAAAAGUUCAGAAGAGUUAUCCAGCCAAGUGCUGGACGCAAUUUUUUUAUAUAAGGCAGACUCUACAUUGACGAUGACGAAGCCUGUCAUACACUUGGCUCAGAGGCGUCAGAUCUAGAGCUUGCCCCAUGGGCGACAGGAGGGCCUCACGGGUCGAAACGGGAGAUAGUCUUCUCUUGCCUUCUGGAUCUUUCCAUCUGCACUGGGUGCAUGUCAUACGAUGCGCGAAUUGCAGAAACGGAUAUGAGUUCAUGCUCGCCUAUCUGGCUGGCUGAUGGUUGUCAGUUGAUGGCAUACAGUCGGUUUCCUGCGCUCGAUUGAACAGCUGCCGGUAAAGUGUACAGUAAUUGUCUAGAAUCGACACAAAAUUAAAAUUGGUUCGGUCGGAUCCAUUUUCCCUCAGUGAGAAAGCUGAGGAAAGAUACAGAAAUCAUAGAUGAUACCAAAUUUACGAACGUAGACAUUCAUCAUACAUUGACUAUUCUCUUAUAGAAGUCGUUCUCUCUUAUAGCUCUCCUGUUUUACAUGUGUACCGCCAAUUUGUAAAGGAUAAAUUAUCCACGGGAGAAACUCGAAUUCUUCAAGUCAUGCCGUUUCUCGGCGCGACGAUACUAUUCUUUUAUUCGC